UAUGAGCAUGUGAAUAUCUUAAUAUUGUCUGAACACUGAACCUCACACGGCGGUUUAAAGAUUCUUCUGAAAGAGUUCUUCGUUUCUUGUUGCAGAAAAUGACGUCCAAGCAUUCCCAAACUACCAUCUGCAAGGAACUAUAACUUCUUUUGUUUCCUUUCCAUCUUUUUAUUGUUUUCGUCACAGAUAUCGCAGUUCUGAAUCCGUUCUUGUUUCCUGCUCAUCGUAAUCGUGAUUUUGGCUAGAUUUUCUAAUUAAGCUAGUAUGACUGAAUAUGCCAAUGCAUGCGGAAGUUCUAGCUCCAGUUUUAAUAGCAGCCUGCAAGAUACAGAGGAUGAUAGAACUAUAGCCACGAUCUUAGCAGAAGAAACCUUAAAAGUGGAUGGCAGGCUUGGGAAGCGGCUGUCUCAUCUGGACUCUAUCCCACACACUCCUCGAGUUAAUGGGGCAAUUCCAAAUGUAGAUGAUGCCACCUUAGAUCAUGAACGACUAUCAGAAAGAUUGACUACGUAUGGUUUAGCUGAGCUGCAAAUUGAAGGAGAUGGAAAUUGCCAGUUUCGAGCUUUAGCAGAUCAGUUAUUUCGAAAUCCUGACUAUCAUCGACAUGUAAGAAAACAAGUUGUGAAGCAGCUUAAAAACUUUCAAAAAUACUAUGAAGCUUAUGUUCCUAUGAAAUACAAAAGUUACUUGAAGAAGAUGAAAAGAUCAGGGGAGUGGGGAGAUCAUGUCACCUUACAAGCAGCUGCAGAUCGGUUUGAGGCCAAAAUUUGUUUACUUACCUCCUUUAGAGACACAUGCUACAUCGAAAUUGUUCCCAAAGAUAAAAGUCCAUCUAGAGAGGUUUGGCUGAGCUUCUGGAGCGAAGUUCACUACAACUCCUUAUAUGCAGUUGGUGAUGUUCCAACAAGAGCAAACAGGAGAAGGCAUUGGCUAUGGGGUUCUUAACGCUUUGAUUGCUGGAGUGGAACGUCCUUCCUCACUACUUGUACAAAUACAGUUACAAACCUUAUAGAUGGGCUGCCAUAUCGAUUUCAUAGACAAGAUAUAUUCAUUUUUAUAUUAUCCAGUCCAGAUCUGUAUCUCACCAGAAGCUAUAUAAUCUGUGUGUAUGAUUUCCACAGCCUGUA